CAACAAAAAAAAAACUAAAAGAAAUGAAAUCACACCAAAGAUUUCCCUUCUGUGAGUGCAUGACUCCAUGUUGGUGGAGUUGCAUGUAUGAUGUGCUCUUCCUCACUCCUCGAAAGGUGUCAUCCGAAUCGGAUGGUUCAGCUUUCAGUGUCACAACAGACGCACUUCGUUGUGACACUCCCCAACAACCUCCAUAUGAACACCAGCUGCAGGCUGUUGCUAGAGGGCGCUGCAGUUGCGUGUCGUGUGUCUUCUCCAUCCUGUGAUUUAAAACUAAAAUUACACUCUCCAUGGCUUCACUUGACCCGAACACGACUGACACAGAUAGAAACCGCGUUUGGUUAAUUCAGGAAUUCCCGUACAAGUCAGUACUCAAACUUUAGUUUCACUUACUGCUGAAAAAGGCCUUUCGGGACAGAAACAAUUAAAUAUAUGACUUUGAAGGGGAAAAUAUAGGAUUUAUAUAAUCUGCUUUAAUCCUGUCAAACUGUAUCCUUGUAAGGAUUUCCUUCUCUGGUAACAGUUAAGUUGUUAAAGACCAGCUACAAAUAAAAACACAAGAAAAUAAAGCAGGGACAUUGAAAAUAGUCGUUUUAUGAGUUAGAUGCAAGGUUUUGUAAAUGAAAACCUUUAAUUCAUAGUAUUAUCUAUCUGACAGCUGAUGCAUCUGGUUUAAAUCCUGUUAACUCUGCUCAGGACUGACUUGAUACCUCUGAGUCUUUUCAUCCCAAAUGUAUGCUGAUAACACCCCAUAUAUAACUUUCUGCUGACUGACUCAUGAAAUCAAUGCCUGGCUUACUUAUGCAGUCUUAAUUGCUGUUCUACAUUAAUAGGCUGAUCGAUACUUCCACGUAAACACAUUGUUUUAACGAUGUUUGUGUCAUCCUGGCAGUUCCAGAGUGUUAACUUCCAGCUUGUUAACAGUGGCAGAAUCCAUGUGAUGUUAUCAGAACAUCCUGUUCAGCAAUUGCUGCAAGCAAUUUACCCGCAAUCCGCUUCGGACUGCAAAACGCCGGGGAGCCCGCCUCAUUCCAUUAAGUACAUAUUCUCGAGUUAAUAUUCUGCCUAUUACAGGUCUUUCUGGCCAAGUGCAAAUAAUUAACGACCAGGGAUCCCUGGACCAGCUGAACCCCUGGGAUCAGCACUUGGUGAUGCCCUCCUCCAGGUUUCUGUGGGCAUCAAGAAGAAGUCCAAAGUGCCCGGCGUCAUGAUAACGCAGUUUAAGGAGGAACUUCCAGAGGGAAUGUCAACUCCAGACUUCACCCGCAAACCAAUCGCUCUGACUAUUCAAGAGGGUAAACUUGCAGUCUUUAAAGCCAUCGUAGUGGGAACUCCCACUCCUGACGUGACGUGGAGCAGGGCGAAUGGAGAAAUCACUUUUCACCCUGAUGUGUGCCUGCAGAAGUACGAUGAUAUAUCUCUUGAACACACGCUGGAGUUUCCAAAGGUUGCCGUGGAGGACGCCGACACCUACAAGUGUUUUGCAACUAAUGAACAUGGAAGAGCUGUUUGCACUGUUGUCUUGAAUGUUAUUUCAGUUGGAUUCUCCAAGACCAAGGAACUUAAAAUGGCACAAGGAAAAGACGUAGCCGACUUGAGAAAAGGCCUUAAGAAACGUAAACCUGACGGAACGCGUGAGGAGAAGCAAAUGGAGCCGGACGAGAAGGUCUGGGAGAUUCUAAUGAGCGCAGACAAGAAAGACUAUGAGCAGAUCUGCAUUGACCACGGCCUCACUGACUUCCGAGGAAUGUUGAAGAAACUCAACGAGAUGAAGAGAGAGAGGGAGGAGGAGAUAGCGGAGUUUGUGACACAAAUCAGUACGCUAAAACACAUCGCGGUCAACGACGACGACUGUGCGACAAUUGAGCUGGACAUGGACCUCAAAGAUCCCGCCAGCAAACUGUUCCUGUAUAAGGACGGCGUCAUGAUUCCUUUCUCCCUCGAUGAAAGCGAUAAAGCGAAGCACAGCUUGAAACAAGUGGGCAAGAAAUACACAUUCAAAAUUCACGGGUUGGGCUCCGGCGAUGCUGGACUCUACUCGGUGGAUGUCGGGGGCGUCAAUGUGUUUUCCACAGACUUUAAAGUCCCUGAAGUGGACUUUGCAGUGAAAAUACAAGAGGUCAAGGCAGAAGAACGAGAGGACGCCCUUUUCCAGUGUGUCCUGACCGCCCCCAUGAACGAGAUCGCAUGGUAUGGUAAAAGCGCCCCGCUGUCAAACAGUGAGAAAUACGAAAUCAGUGUGUCUGAAGAUAAGCUGAUCCACAAGCUGAUUGUGCGGGACUGUUUGCCUCUGGACGCUGGGAUCUAUGCUGCUGUGGCAGGCAUCAAGUCAUGCAACUGCUGGCUUGUAGUUGAAGCUGACAAAGAUCCUGCCAACAAGGGGAAGAAGGGAGCUCGUAAAUCUACUAUGGCUGGAGCCUGUAACGACGAAGAUCUGAUCAAAAUAGCUAAAGAGCAGCAGGAAAGAUACGACAAAGAAAUGGUAGAAAAACUGGAAAAGGCCAAAAAGGCUCAGGAAGAGAGAGAAGCUGCAGAAGUCAUCUCUCAAGCGGAGGCUCAAGUAGCUAAAAAGGCAGCAGCUGAGGAGAAAGCUGCGGCCAAGGCUGCGGCCAAAGCUGCUGCCAGGUCGAGGAAGGCAUCAGCCGGUAAGGACGGAGCUCAACGGAAAACGAAGAGAAAAGACGUGGGUGCUGCAGGCUCCACUGCAGAUGGUGCCGGAGGGGCCAGUGGUCCUGGUGGUGCAGGCUCAGGUACAGCUGGUGCCGGAGGUGCCCUUGGUGCCGGUAGUGCCGGUGGGGUUGGUGGUGCUGGAGGCGCUGAAGGUGGUGUAGGAGUUGGAGUCGGAGGUGGGGGUGGGGGAGCCGGAGGAAUUGGAGGACAAGCUGGAGCUGGUGGAGGAGCUGGAGGUGGGGCUGGAGGAGGAGCCGGUGGUGCAGCUGGCGGAAGAGCUGGCGGAGGAGCUGGAGGUGGAGCUGGAGGUGGAGCUGGAGGUGGGGAAGAAGAUAUUGAAGAUGAAGAUUAUUACGAUUCACUUGAAGACUCUGAUGACGAAUUUGAUGACGAGGGAGAAGGAGGAGAAGGAGGAGAAGGAGGAGAAGCAGGAGUACGAGGAGUACGAGGAGUAGGAGGAGCAGGAGAAGGAGGAGCAGGAGGAGGAGGAGAAGGAGAAGGAGGAGAUGGAGGAGAGGGAGAACAAGGAGGUGGAAAAGGAAAACGCAAGAAACGCGUGAGAGUGGGUCCACUUGUUCCAGAAACAGUCAUAGGAGAUAAUAUUGACGACGAAACCACAAUUCAAGGAGGUGACAUUUCGGGGAAGAAAGGAAAACGUUCAAAAAGGAGAAUUGUGGAAGUUGAAGAACCAGUCGUUGAUCCAGGAGUUCACUUUCAUGCUGGGCUCUCGGACUGCAAAGCCAUUAUCGGAGAAGCAGCAGAGCUGGAGUGCAAAGUGAGCAGUGAGGAGUGUCAGGGAAUCUGGUACAAAGAUGGAGACGAGAUUAAAACAUCCGAGGGUUUAACCAUUUCCAAAGACGGAACCUUCCACAGGCUGAAAAUUCACAAAGUAACAGAGGAAUUUGGUGGAAAAUAUAAAUUUGAGGCAGAUGGACGUAAAACAGAGGCCCUCAUCCUUGUUGAAGAUCCACCGAGGUUCGAUGCUGAGGAACUGGAGGCGUUCAAAACUCCUGUCACAGUGAAAAAGGGACAAAAAGCAACCUUCAAAUUACCUUAUAUCGGACGGGAUCCUAUCAAAGUUCAAUGGUACCUCGAGGGUCAAGAGCUAGCGGAUGAAUCAAACAUCAAGAUUGAGCAAACGGAGGGCGGCAGCCGCCUGCUUCUCACCAAGCUACAGCGCAAAGACAGCGGUGAAAUCAAGAUUAAACUCAAAAACGAGUUUGGCACUGUUGAGGCCUUAAGCCAGCUUCUUGUACUGGAUAAACCUACUCCUCCAAUGGGACCUCUGGAGAUCGUUGAGGCGUGCUCCUCCUCUAUUGAAUUCAAAUGGAGACCCCCAAAAGACACUGGAGGCUGCAAGAUCGGAAACUACAUCCUUGAGCGGCAGCAAGUUGGACGCAACACCUGGAAGAAGGUGGGGCCGAUUGGGGCGGAGGCCACUUACAAGGACACUGAUGUAGAUCAUGGCAGGAGGUACUGCUAUCGCCUGAGAGUGGAGACUGAAAUGGGAACCAGUGAGCUGAUGGAAACGGAAGACAUUCAAGCUGGUACAAAAGCGUACCCUGGUCCUCCAUCGGCACCGAAGGUUGUCAGCGCCUUCAAGAACUGCAUCAACCUCUCCUGGACUCCUCCCGCCGACACCGGAGGAACUAAUAUCCUGGGAUACAAUGUGGAGAAACGCAAGAAGGGCAGCAACCUGUGGGGACAAGUCAACCCAUCCGAUGAAAUGAUCAGAGCCAAGGUCUAUGGCGUUAAAGACGUGGUUGAGGGCAUGGAGUACGAAUUCCGCGUGGCAGCCAUUAAUGACUCUGGAGCGGGUGAACACAGUUCACCAUCUGAGUUUGUGUUUGCCAGAGACCCUAAAAAGCCUCCUGGUAACGUCAUCGACUUCAAAGUGACAGACUCCACCUACACAACCCUGUGCCUGUCUUGGACCAAGCCCAAGGAAAUUGAGGGGGUUGAGGAUGAAGCCAAGGGAUAUUUUGUGGAGAUCAGACCUGCAGAAAACACAGAGUGGGAUCGCUGCAAUUCAAACGCAAUCACCAAGACUUCCUACACAGUGAAAGGCAUGAAGUCCAUGGCCAUGUACUGGGUGAGAGUACAUGCUACUAAUGAUGGAGGAGACGGACCGUAUAAGGAACUCGACAACUACAUCCUGGCUAUGCCUCCUCCUGUGAGGCCACGAUUCACAGAUGCAAAGAUCAAGAGCUUCAUGGUGGUGAGAGCCGGAAACUCCGCUCGGAUCAACAUGAACUUUGAGGCCUCCCCUUGGCCUGAUGUCACCUGGCUGAAGGACGGCAUGCCCGUGUCUAAGAAAGUGACCAUCAGCAACGCAGAGGCCACGUCCCAGCUCCUGAUUCCGUCCUCCGAGCGCGCAGACACCGGAAUCUACACAAUCAUCGUCAAGAACAUUGUCGGCCAAGAAACAUUCAGCAUAGAAAUGAGAGUCACAGAUGAGCCGAAGCCGCCAGGUCCCCUGGAGCUCGAUGAGAACGUGCCCGGCACCGUGACCAUUUCAUGGGACGCGUCUCCGGAUGAGAAACGCGACGAUAGGCUGCACUACAUGGUGAUGAAGCGGGAUUCGAACAAAAGAGCCUGGCACACCAUCGCAGAUCACAUCUUCAACAACAAAUUCACGGCCUGCAACAUCCUGCCAGGCCGGGAAUACCAGUACAGGGUCUACGCGAAGAACGACAUGGGCUCGUCCAAACCGUCUGAAUCAACAAAGUGGCUGAUUCAUGCCAAAAAACAAAAGUUCACUGUGACCGUGCCGGAGACGAAGACCUGUAAUCUGCAGUGCGCCCCGAGGUUCAUUGUCCCACUGAAAAUGCACACGGCUCCUCAAGGGUACGAGUGCUACAUGAGCUGCGCGGUGAAAGGAGACCCCACGCCUCAUGUCACAUGGCUCCGCGACAACAUCAGUCUGAAUACCAACACCAACUACUUCAUCUCCAACACCUGUGGGGUGUGUUCUCUGCUCAUACUGAGGGUUGGAUCCCACGACAACGGCGAGUACAAGGUUGUUGCAGAGAGCGCCCUGGGGAGGGCGGAGUGCGCCACCAAACUGACAGUCAGAGAAUAAGACAACACACUGAAGAUGAUGGUUUUUGGGAGAUUCACAUGAGCCUGAUCUGUCACUGUGGUUAGAUUAGAAGUCAGAAUAAAGUCUGAAUCAAACUAUUGUUGCUGAGGUAAAAGCCCCAAAUGUGUUUGUUUUGAUUUCAAAUGUGCAACCUCAAUAAAAUGGAAUGAAAGAAAUACUAACGUGUAACAUUUUAAUAAACUGUGUAGCAGAUAUUUAUUGAUUUUAAAAGUGCUAUUUAAAUUGUUUGCCUAAAGUUAAUAGAACUAUCAGGUAAACUUUUAGAUACUGGCUGCAAUUGUGAUUAUUUUCCACACGCGUGGAUCUUCCCCUUAUUUGAAAAACUUGUACGAUGCUUAUUGUUAUGGCACUUAGUGUGAUGUCAGAAAGUUAAUGUGUGGGUUUGGUCUGAAUAAAUAUUUUGUACUGCAA